UCUCAAAUAGACCAGCCAUAAGGUGUGCGAAACUUGACGUCUCGAACAAUCGAAACUCUUAAAAAAAUUUGUAUUGUUUGUUGUUGAUGGCGAGUGCCGAGUUGGCGACCAUUGUCGUCUGCUACCUAGACGUUUACACCCCGACGUUUCGCACCCACCGAUUUUGCAGUUUAGGCGUUUCGCGUUUCGCUUUCGCAGUUUAUAGGGAGGCCCCACGGGCCACGAUAUACACCGGCCAUAGACUGACCUGACACCGGCCCAGCUCUGCUAAAACCAUGUCUCCUAUAACAAAAGGGAAUCAAAGAAAAGAGGUUCUGGUUACUAAAACUAGAACUCAUUCUCCACGUAAAACCUUAAUAAGGAAGCAACCUCAACGAAAGAAAGAUAAAUUCGAAAUUGAUAUUCAUGGUCCUGAAUUUCAACCGAUUGUUGUCUUGGCCAGACUUUUACCUGAACAAAUAUUGCUACUCACAGGAAAUAAAUGCGAGAAGUUAGACUUAGCUGAAACUCACCCCAAUAAAAGUGCAGGUCAUCCCAACAGGCAACAUUUCCAACAGGCAAAAUCAUAUAAAAGAAAUACUGAUCUCUGUACACAUAAUACGAAGUUGCAGAGGCCUAAAGAAGGUGCAAUAGACUUGGCAAGUUCAGCUUUAGAAUUUGAAGAGAAAGUUGGUGUCAAGUUGGACAAUCGUAAAACAAAUUCGCAGGAACAUGCUUCCUCUAGUGAUGAUAAAAAUAUCACCCUGUUAUCACUCAAUGAUGAUGUUUUCCUAGAAAUACUCUCAUAUAUGUCUUAUGAUGAAAUUGCUAAGUUGAGACUGGUUGGGCGUCACUUCAAUGAAGUGUGCCAAAAAAUUUUGAAUAAAGGCUUCUUAUCUGUUCAACGAUAUCACAGUCGUUGUCUCAAAGAGAUGAAAGCCAAGUUACCAAGAAGGGAAUCAGAAAGAAGACUUCAUCCUCUUGCAAAUCAUAUUGAUAUUUUAAAAGGUAUUGAAACACGCCUGUCUCACUUGUCAACGACAUAUUACAAAUAUACGGUGGCUGGAAUGUUCUGUUUCAUUCCGGGAAAAGUACUAGAUGAAUGCUACAGAGUGCUCAGGGAAGUUGUGGUGAACAAAAAUCCCCCAAUGUCAUACGAACUGUUGCAAGAGCUCAGAGACAUUUCAUCCAUGGCAGUGGAGCAUUUCAAGGAACACAUUGAUCCCACCAUGAAGCGAAUCCAGAUGAUCAACAAUGCCAUCCGCAACAGUUCGUCUCGUUUCAUUCGCUGCGUCGCCGAUGCCGACGAUAGCUUAUUGAUCAACAGCCAGAAAAGGCAGAUCGUCGAUCUCAAAACUAAGGUGAAUGAGAAUGGCAGGAAAAUUGCUGAUCAAGACCGAAAAAUUGCUGAACAAGACAGACUUCUCAGCGAGUACAGCAGAAAGCUUAUCCAGCUGGAACAGAAAAUCAGCAACAGCGAGCCUGUGGGCGUCCACGUUCAGCCAGUGGCAACUUCGCCUCCAAGUAGUCACAAGCGCCAGAUGAAAGUUGAGAGGACCAUCGUCGUAGGAAUUCCUACCGCCAAGCGCAAAAAAGCGGAGAAAACCACCGCCACCAAAGAAUCGCCGGUCGUCGUCAAGCGCAAAGUUCCCUCGUCUGCUCAGUCAAAGUCUGCUCCUCCGAUCGUGGUGCGCAAAACUAUUAGGUCCGCUCCGGUCGUCAAGCGUGAAAUUAUUCGGGCCAUCAAACGAGAAAAGUCUGCCGCCACAAAUUUCACCAUGGCACUGCGCAACCAGAAGAAUUAAAAAUUCAAACCGAAAUGGCGCCAAAAAAAAUAUUUUUUUUUUUUUCAUCGUGUGAUUAAUUUUCAAUUCGAUUUCACAACCUUUUCAGUUAUUUUUUUUUUCUUUUGCGAAAUUUUGGGAGUACGUACCCAAUCCCCACCAAGUUCAUUUUCUGUUAACGUUAUUUAAGGUUUCCUCCGUGAUCUGUUCGUCAAACAAAAUGUGUGUGUACAACGGAAUGUUGUGUGUUAAAACCGUACUAAACCUGAAACUUAGCGUCGUGGAAGAAAUAGAGUGUCGAAAAAUCAA